UUUAAAAACCAAUUCUAACAUGAUAAGAUUAAAAAGAUUUUCGUCGCGUCCCUGUCACCUGAAAUGUGUUCAUGCCAUGGUUUAACACGUGUAAAAUUGAAAUAAUCAACAUGAAACAAAUAUACAAAUUAAAAAGUACUACUUUUAUUAGUAUGGAUGCGAAACAUGAUGAUUUCACCGAAUUAGAUAAACAAAAAUUCCGGGAUAUAAAAAAGUCCUUGUGGUUCUACAAGAAUUCAGAAAAAACGACAACUGGUGACGCUUUAAUAGCAGUACUGCGCUCAACUCCAUCACUAAUUGACUUCAAAGAUUUUAGAAAAUUUACGCACUCAGAGUCGAUCCUUCCGACAAUACUAAAUUUAAAACGAAUACCUCGCGACGUUAAGAAAUAUCUUUAUAAACAAAUCAUUUCAAUUGCGACCGUGAAGUAUCCAAACUGUAUAUUUUUUGCGAGCGCUGCCUGUAACGUGGACGCCGUCAAAUCGAUAUUAAAGAACACGAACGAUCCGAAUAUUUUGCACAAGACCAAAGAGGGAAGCACACCGCUGUCGUUUUUGUUAAGAUUCGGGGACUACAAACACGAAAACUUCCUGCAGUGUAUGGAAUUAUUGAUUACUCAAAAUAACAUCAACCAAGUGGACUACUACAACAAAACCCCCUUGAAAGUGGCUUCGGACAACCAUGCGAGCGAAGAAAUCAUACGGAUGCUACUGCUGAAAGGUGCGGAUCGAAGUAAAUGUAAACUUUAUCGCGAAGAAAGAUAUAACGACGUCGUUGACGUUCAAGUCCCUGAAAAACCACCGGAAAUCUUACUGUUCGAAUACGCCAUCCAGGAGAGGCCGACCAAGUUUAAGGAGUUGCUGACCCAAUUUCAGCACUUGAAGGACUACGACGAUGGGGAGAAUACGCUGUUACAAUACUGCAUCAUCUUCGACAAACCGAAAAUUGCCAAAAUAUUGCUGGAACAAAAUUUCAAAGUAAACGUCAACUUCACAACAGCAAGGAACAAUAAGCAUCCACUACUGUUGGCAGCCAUUUUGAACAGAUGGGUAAUUUUCAACUCGAUUCUGGAGAGGAAGGAUUUGGAGAUUGACAGCAACAUGUUCUCGUCGUUUGUUAAGUUCCGAGGCAACGCCAUUAAAAUAAAGUUUUUUAAAAACCUUCUGGAAUACAAACGAUUGAAUGUUGACUUGAGAACGGGCGAUAACAACACACCACUGCAUUUUGCCAUUCGAUUUCACAAUAAACGUGCCAUUCAGAGUUUACUUAAACGAGGAGCAUCACUCACUUAUAAAAAUAAUCUCGGUCAAAGUUGCUUGAAUAUUAUCAAUCCUCAAGAUUUGGAGGAAUACUUUGAUUCUUGUGUAAUUUUCGAUAAUUAUACGGACGACAUACAAAAUCCCGAUUACAAAUUGCAGUUUGAUUUUAGAAUUCUUGUGAAAAAUAAAAGGGCAGUAAGGGGAUUCAAGGAUCAUAUAGAAACGGAUAUAGUAAGAAAGUUAGGUGCUCGUAAACGACUUCAAUAUUUACUUAAUCAUGUGCUGAUUCAAAUGUUAGUAACUCUGAAGUGGCGAAUGGUGAACAGAUUUUUCUAUAUUUGCGUAGGCAUUCGUGUAUUGCAUUUUAUAUAUGCCACUUUUAUUUUGUUACUUUAUCCAUACACUCAUUGGUUGAUAUUAUCUUUUAUUAUACAGAUAGGUUUAAAUUUCCAGUUCCUGUACAGACACCGAAGGGAUUAUAAUGUCCAUUCAGUAUUAGAAACUUUUAAUACAAUUCUUUAUGUGCUUUAUUUUACAAUUGAUAAAUCCAAAUUUAAUAUUGUAUCUUCAAUAGCUUACAUCACAAUGUCUCUUUCGUUUCUGUUACUAUUGGGUUACCAUCCUUCCUUUUCUAAAUGGUCUGCCAUGUUACAAAAAAUCUAUAAAACAUUCUUUCUCUUAUUCUGUUUUUUUAUUUGGCCAAUAAUAUCUUUUUCUCUUGGAUUUUAUCAAUUAUUCAGCCACAGUGAAUCUUUUAAAAAUAUUGAUCUUUCAAUUUUUACAGUUCUCGCUAUGCUCACCGGUGAAUUAAAUGCUAAAGAUAACUUACUUAACAUGGAAGAUAGUAUAAUAAAACAGUUACUAUUUAUACUGUUUGCAAUCUGCAUGACUGUGAUAUUGAUGAAUUUUUUACUGGCUGUGACGAUUUCAGAUAUAGGUAAAAUAGAGCGAAACAGUGAAGUGAUAGCUAUUAAUAAUACCAUAAAAUUCAUUCAGUACUCUGAAAGAGCUUUUUUGAAGAUACCUAGAAGAUUGCUUUUUCUAAAACACUUUGUGAAUAGCCCCUUUAUAUUUCAUAACAAAAACACAUUUGUAUCCAAAGAAGAUUUAGUGCUAGAGGAGGAAGAUCAACUUAUCAACAAAAAAGGCAAAUACAAAAUGAACUGCUAUAUAAAUAAUCUUUACUCAUUCGAGGAGUUUGAUGGUUUAAAAUUAAAUCUUGACAUAAGAUGCAAGAUUCAAAACUUGUAUGAUAUGGUGACAAACCGAAAGAAGACACAACAACAAGAAAAAGAGAGGGAAGAGAAAAUUGACGACAUAACAAAGAGAUUGAGCCAAGUGGAGGAUAUAUCAAAGAAAAUGUAUAUUUUAGAAGAAAUGGUCAAAAAAAUUAACAGUUUGGACGAACUUCUAAAGAAAGUAUGAUGUAAAAUAAAACAAUUUUCCACAUGUG